AUGUUACAAAAAGCCUUAUUCCUUAAUGUCAUCAUUUUACUCUUCGGUUAUUCAUUGUCAUUACGGAAAAUUGUAAAUCACGUUUCUGAAUUACAACAGGAAGAAAAAAUUCCUCUUGACGUGCAACCAAGUGGCAGUCGACACCAUUAUUCUAAAAAUAACGACGAUGAUAAGCGUCAUCAUCAUCAUCAUCAUCACAAACAAUAUGGUGAAGAAAGUAACGAGGAUUAUAAAAGUCAGGGUAAACAGAAUCGGGCUCAACAUAAACAUCAUUAUGACAGUGAUGAAGAUGGAAAAGAGGACAAACUUCAUGAGGAGCUUGAUCAUAAAGUAGGACGAGGUGGUGAGACAAGUCACAUUGGUGGUAAGUUCAGUGAAAGAGAAGGACACAAGAAGGGUCAUAAGACCAAGGCAUUUAACAAUAGAUUCCAUAGGGAUGAAUUUUACAAGCAACGUAGAAUUUAUGAUGACGGACAUAAAGAUAAAGAUAAACAUAAAGAUCAUAGUCAACAUGAAGAAAAGAAACGAAAGUUAAAGAAGGGUGUUGAAAAACAGUUCGCGGAGGAUAGUCAUCAAGAUGGGAGUGCUCAACAUCAUAAAGGUCAUCAAGACGAAAAGAAAAAUCAACAAAAUCGUGCUAAUAACAUAAAGCAAGACAACUUCAAUUUUUUAAACAAUAUAAAACUAAAUAAUAAUCAACAAAAUCGUGCUAAUAACAUAAACCAAGAAAACUUUAAUUUUUUAAACAAUAUAAAAGUAAAUAAUCAUAAUCAACAAAAUCGUGCCACUAACAUAAAGCAAAACAACAAAAAUUUUUCCAACAAUAUAAAAGUAAAUGAUCAUAAUCAACAACAUCGUGCCACUAACAUAAAGCAAGACAACAUUAAGCAAAACAACAACAGAAAUUCAAAUAAUAUAAAAGUAAAUAAUCAUAAUCAACAAAAUCAUGCUAAUAACUUAAAACAAGACAACAUUGAGCAAAACAACAACAAAAUUUCAAACAAAAUAAAAAUCUAA